AUGGCGAGUUUUUAUGAAAUUCUGGAAACUAUUGAUGUUUCGAAUCCGAUUGGAGAAAGAAUCAGGCACAAGCUGGAAGACAUCGCAACGUUGGACUGGGAUGCGAACGGUGCUCUAGCGCUGACGAACACCGCUUCAAAUAUCGUCUACAUCAAGCAGUUAUUCCACGAGAUCGGCACCCGCCUUGCCACAAGAGACGUAUCUCACUACCCAGAAGUCGAGAGCAAAUGCAACGAACUCAUUUUGAUCGCCAAUUACAGACUUCAGCAAGAGCAACCCGUUAUUGAUCUACUCGAAGAUCUGGAUGAAAUUUCGAAGAAAAUCGCGGUCUUGCAAGAAGAUAUCGACCGGUACGACGCAUUUCUCAACCUGACGGAAGUGAAAGAGAUCAUCGAAAAGUUCAAUCUAAAAGAAUGA